CCGGGCCCGAGGCCGGGCGUUCCCCAGGGGGCCGGGGUGUUCGGCCAGCUGGAGCCGGACGGCGGGCGACGGACGGAUUCACCCCAGCAGAAGCCAUGCCAGGGCCUUCCACGGUGUUUUGGAUGACGUGGUAGCACAGCUUAAAACGCCCUCAGCAUCUUGGUCCCCACUGCUGUCCGUCCACCACCAAGCUGGAAGCGUUCUGGACAGGACAUAAAAUCACUGACCCAACCGUCUGUACCCCCGACUUGUCCUGACAGGGAGCAUUGACCUCUCCUCGUCAGGCCGAAGAUGCCUCUCUUUGGGAAUACGUUCAGUCCGAAGAAGACGCCCCCUCGGAAGUCUGCCUCGCUCUCCAACCUGCAUAAUCUGGAUCGGUCCACCCGCGAAGUGGAGCUGGGCCUCGACUAUGGAACCCCCACUAUGAACCUGGCGGGACAAAACCUGAAGUUUGAAAAUGGCCAUUGGGUAGCAGAGACGGGGAUUAGUGGAGGUGUGGACCAGAGGGAGGCUCAGCGCCUCCGCAGGCGGAACCAGCAGUUGGAGGAAGAGAACAAUCUCUUGCAGGUGAAGGUGGAGGUCCUGCUGGACAUGUUCUCUGAGACCACUGCCGAGUUCCAAAUAAUGAAGAAGGAGCUGGAAGAACUGAAGAGUGUCAACCGGAGAAGGAAAUGAAGACCUCAAGACGUUGGUUAGGAGAAGAGGGAGAACUCGACUGAUCAGAGGAGUGGAAUAUAGCUGAGGGUUUUUUAAGCUAAAAUAGUAGGUUAGGCCCUGGGAGACGGUUCCAGAAAUGGGGCCAAAGGCACUGGCACCCUUGAGUUGGCAAUAGAAAGGUGAUGGCUCCUGGAGGAAACCAGGAUUCCAGGCCAGGGCAGUAAAUAGCAAUGUCCUCUGGCUGCUCAGCACAGGUGGCCAGGCGGUGAGCGGGGCCGCUGAAGUCUGGGGCGAUGCUAAGACUCUGGGUGCUCGCCAGUCACUUAACAUGUAAAUGCACUUGUCCCAGGUUCACUCUCAUUGGAUGGACUCUUGGGAGAAGCAGCUGGAGUUCAUCCCAGCAUCCCCUCACGUUGGUGUUGGGGGCGUGGCCCCAGU